CCGACACUGCCCCAUCGGCACUGAACUCCCGGCCGGGGGGGAGAUAGGGAUGGGCAGGGGGUGCCAGAGAUGGGCAGGGGGUGCUGGCAAGGGCAGGGGUGCCAGGGAUGGACAAGAGGUGCCACCAAGGGCAGGGGAUGCCAAGGAAGGAAGGAGGGACAGGGGGUGCUGGCAAGGGCAGGAGUGCCAGGGCAGAGCGGCAGCUACCAGGGAAGGACAGGGCGUGCUGACAAAGGCAGGGGAUGCCAGGGAAGGACAGGGGUGCCAGGGAGGAGCAGGGGAUGCUGACAAGAACAGGAGGUGCUGGCAGAACCAGGGGCUGCCAGGGCGGGGAAGGGGAUGUCAUGUCAGGACAAGAGGUGCCACCAAGGGCGGGGGGCGUUUGGGAUGGGCAAGGGGUGCCAACCAUCAGGGCCCGGCCCUCCCCAGGCACCCCCAGCACCCCGGGCCGUGUCCCCUGUCCCCAAACACAGCCCGGCCCGGCCCCCCCGGCUGCCCGGGGCUGUAACCGCAGCCGCGGCCGUAACUCAAUCCCCGGCUCCGGUUCCUGGCUGCGGGCGCUGCGCUGGGAACGCCAGGACGGGCUGGGAGCAGCGGGAUCGGGGGCGCUGAGCUGUCCCCAGGCAGGGACAGACCCUCCUGGAGCGUGGCCAUCCCUCCCGAGCAGGUGCCACAGGGCUGAGGCUGAGCCACCAUGAAGAGCCUGAAGGCCAAGUUCAAGAAGGCAGAUAGCCAGGACUGGACCAAGAACGACGAGAAGCUGCUGCAGGCCGUGGACUACAACGAUGCCGGGCGGGUCACGUCGCUCCUGCUCCGCAAGGGCCUGGUGCCCACCAAGCUGGAUUCGGAGGGCAAAUCCGCGUUCCACCUGGCUGCCACGCGGGGCAACGUGGACUGCCUGGAAGCAAUGCUGGCCCACGGCGUGGAUGCCAUGACCAAGGACAGCUCGGGUUACACUGCCCUGCACUUGGCCUCCAAGCACGGCCACCCUCAGUGUGUCAGCAAACUGCUGCAGGCCUCCUGCCCUGUGGACGUGGCCGAUGGCAGUGGCCGGACCGCGCUGCACCUGGCGGCUGCCAGCGGCUGCAUCUCCUGCUCCGAGAUCCUCUGUGACUUCAAGGCUCCCUUGAACAGCAAGGACAAGGACGGCUCCACGCCGCUGAUCCUGGCUGCCAAGAUGAGCCACUCGGAGCUGUGCCGGUACCUGCUGCACCGCGGGGCCGCCGUCAACUGCCGGGACCUGCAGGGCAGGACAGCCCUGAUGCUGGCCUGCGAGAGCGGCAGCGUGGACACCGUGGAGGUGCUGGUCAGCGCCGGUGCCCGCGUGGCCGUGGUGGACGCCACCGGCCACGACGCCGCUCACUACGGGCUGGCCACGGGCAACGCCCUCAUCCAGCACCUCCUGCAGGAGGCGGCCCAGCGCCGCUCCUGGGCCAGCGAAGAGGAGUCAGCUGAGCAGACAUCGCAGACGUCUUCGCCCAGCCAGUCUUCUGUCAGGGAGAAGAGCAGCACCCCGAGGAAGAGGAAGGCCCCUCUGCCUCCCCUGGGCACCCCCAGCCAGGAGGACCGGGAUGCCUACGAGGAGAUCGUGCGGCUGCGGCAGGAGAGGGCCCAGUUCCUGCAGAAGAUUCGGGGCUUGGAGCAGCAGGAGAAGCAGAGACGGGAGCGGGCGGAGCUGGAUGAGGCCUCCCUGCGCUCCAUGGAGAAGCAGAUCCGGGAGCUGGAGGAGCGGCUGGUGGCACGGGACGGGGAGAAGGAGAAGCUGGGCAAGGAGGUGGAGGCUCUGCGGAGCCGCCUAUCCUCGAUGGAGAAUGAGAAGGAGAACACGAGCUAUGACAUCGAGACACUGCAGGACGAGGAGGGAGACCCGCUUGAGUUCCCAGGAGCGGAGAUGCUGCUCUCCAAGAAGACACUGAGCCCCUCGGCCGAGGAGCUGGUGGCCACCCUCCAGGGGCAGGUGCAGUCCCUGACCGUGCAGAACAAGGAGCUGAGAGAGAAAAUCCAGGUGCUGGAGAACUACGAGCGGGACGAGAGCAGCCCCCCUGCCCCGGGGGACGUGGUGCCCGCCAGUCUGUACCAGGCCCUGCAGCAGGAGCUGGAGCGGCUGCGGGCACAGGGCAGGGAGGCCACAGCACGGGCCGGAGGGGACGGGCAGCGCGCGGCCUCGGAGCCCAUCCCGGAGGGAACCGCGGGGCCACGUCCUGCCGAGGAGCCGGCCUGGGCCUGGGGCGAGUGCAAGGCGGCGCUGGGCGAGCUGGGGGUGCAGACAUCCUCCUCCUCCUCACCCUCGGGGGAGCGGGAGCCGGGCGCGGAGCUGGCAGAGGCGCGGGCGGCCCUGAAGCGGGCACAGACCGAGCUGGAGGAGCGGGAGCGGCGGCUGAAGGAGCUGCAGGCCCGGCUGGAGGCUGCGGAGGCUGCGGCCUCGCCGGGAGCCUCUGUGGAAGAGGCGUCGCGGGAGAAGGAAUCGCUGCUGGAGCGCUGCGGGCGCGCCGAGGCCGAGGCCGAGGCGCUGCGGCGGGAGCUGGAGGCGAGGCCGAGAGCUCCGGAACCGGCGCGGCAGCAGGCGGAGGCCGAGGCGCAGCUGGCAGAGCUCCGGGCCGCGCUGGCGCGCAGGGAGGCCGAGCUGGGCGCGCUGCGGGAGCGGCUUCGGGAGCACGAGAAGGAGGCCCCGGCGUGGCUGCAGCGGGCGCAGGCCGAGGGCUGGGUGCCCCGGGACGAGCACGCCCGCGCCACGGCGGCGCUGCAGGAGCAGGCGCGGGGCCUGCGGGAGCGCCUGGCGCAGCUGGAGGCCGCGGCCGACGCCAAGGCCCGCGAGGCCGCCCGGCUGCAGGCAGAGCUGGCGGCGGCCGUGCCGCGGGCGCAGCACGAGGCGGCCGAGGCCGGGCUGCGGGCGGAGGCGGCGGCGCUGGCGCAGCGGCUGCAGGAGCUGGAGCGGCGGCACGAGAAGACGUGCGAGGAGGUGUUCCGCGUGCAGCGGCAGGCGCUGUUCAUGAAGAGCGAGCGGCAGGCGGCCGAGGACAGGCUGGGCGCCGCGCAGAAGCAGCUGGAGCAGGCCCAGGAGGAGGCGCGGCGGCUGCGGGAGCUCCACGGGCACGCCGAGGACGCGGCACGGCUGGUCAGGGACAGGGACAGGAAGAUCACGGAGCUCUCCAAGGAGGUUUUCAGGCUGAAGGAAGCUCUGAACGCCCUCCCCGAGUCGGGAGGGCCCCCACAAUCCCCACCCAACACGUCCGCGCUCCAGGCGCGGAUCCGGGCGCUGGAGGAGAAGCUGGAGGAGACAGAGACGAGGCACAGCAAGGUGGUGACGCUGUACCGGAGCCACCUGCUCUACGCCGUGCAGGGCCACAUGGACGAGGACGUGCAGAGACUCCUGUGCCAGAUCCUGAGGAUGCAGCGGCUGCAGGAGCAGGGCAGAUGAGCCCCUGCCAGCACGGGUGGCACAGGGAUGGGGGGGACAGGUCUGUCACAGCACCCUGUGUGUCACUUUGCUUGUCCAGGCACCCAGCCCACCCCCAGCACAGCAGCAAUAAAGUUAUUUAUAGUCACA